UGGACACGAAAGAUGUACGCAGGUACCGACAAGUACGGCGGCGGCGUCGUGGGCGAGGACUUCAAGGAUGCCGAGGCAGCCGCCCCCAACUUGGAAGAUAUUCUGGACACUGCAAGUGCCGAAGAGACGGUUGUCACGAGCAUGCCGUACUCGUAUUUGGACGAGGACACGAACGAGGUCGUGGAAGGCGUGAGCUCGGUCGUGCUGUCGUCGCGCUUGAAUCCAGAGAGCGGCGGGCUGAUGUGGGUCGAAGAGGAGGAUUCCGCCGAGACGUACAAGAACGUCGUGUCCAUGUCUCAGAUGACGUCCAUGCUGCGGGAUCUGGACCGGAACGCUGCCUACGAACACGGGAUUCGUCGGGGUAUUGAAAAGUUCAUCGCGACGCACCACCGCCGUCCCAUCGUGUUGGACAUUGGUACGGGCACCGGCCUUCUCGCCAUGUUAGCCGCACGCCACGGAGCCGAACACGUGUACGCUUGUGAAAUGUUUCAAACGAUGGCGGACAUUGCCGGCGCCGUCAUCGACGCCAACGGAUUAUGCGACAAGGUCACUGUGUUCUCGCUGCGGUCGACCCAGCUGACCGUGCCAGAACACCUUCCCGUGCGCGCCGACAUGAUGGUAUCCGAGCUAUUCGACUCGCUUCUUCUUGGCGAAGGGCUUCUACCGACGCUCGCCCACGCGCGGGCGCAUCUCUUGACUCCAGACGCCGUCGUGGUACCUCAGCACGCCACCGUCUUUGCCAAGCUUGUGGCCUCCGACACACUGUAUCGCAUGAACAGCUUCGACCAGACCCACAUCGACUCGUUGGCGUUGGCACGUUCCAAAGACGCGUGGAAGUGCACGGGCGGCGCGCGCGUCGCGCUGCCUCUGCACAUCAACACCAUCCCAGACGUGGUCGACUUGACCGAAGUGGUGCCAGUGCUGUCGUUUGAUUUCGGAACAACCCGUUGCUCCAACAAAAAAGCCACCACCGUUGUAACCGCCCUAGCUAGUGGCCGCGCGGACGCGAUCGUGAUGUGGUGGAGUGUCGACUUUGGCGACGGUGUCACAUAUUGCACGGCCAGCAGCGGCGCGCAGAACUGGCAGGACCACUGGGUCCCCGUCGUGUUUCCCCUCACGACGCAGCACGUCGUCGCACAUGCCGACGCCGUCGAGCUCACAGCGUACUCGGACUCGCUUCGCAUCUGGUUUAAGGUAGCCCAUCCCCCCCAAGCAGCCACCAUCAAGCGAGCUAAAGUAGACGAAAAAGAUGAUGAUAUUGCUGCCGCUUGCAUCUGUGGCCUCCAUUUGAUCUGCAAUGCUGAGCGAGUGAGCAUGCUAACCAACACACCUCGCACGGACGCGUACGCCGCCGCCUUGCGGGACAUCGUCGCCGGACGAGUCGCCCAUCCGACCUCUGAACAAGACCGUUCCUCGCUGUCAGUUCUGGACAUUAGCGACGGCUCGUUUGGCGCGCUCUUGGCGGCGUCAAUAGACCAAGUGGCCAACAUCACGAGCAUCGAAUCCAAGCAAGUGUCGGCGUUGAUCUUUGAGCAGAUUGCUAGCCACCACGCCCUGGACGACCGCCUGACCAUCUUGGGCUGCGGCGUCAAGGGUCUGCUGGUGGAGCAUCUGCACGGCCAAGUGCCCGUGGACAUUCUCGUGGGCGAGCCAUUUUACUACGCGAUGCAAAACCUCCCCAUUUGGCAAGCGCUCAACUUUUGGUACCGUCGCAGUGCGGUGGCAGAUCUGCUGUCGGCACGCGCAGUGGUAUUGCCGUAUCGAGCCAGCAUUCGAGCGAUGGGUGUGCAGUUCGAUCACUUGCACGAGUGCUUUGGGACGGUCAACAGCGUCAGCGGCUUUAACCAUGCGCCGUUCGAUGCUCUCCAAGGCGGGUACUUGGACCGAGAUUUUCCCUUCCCCACCUACAUGUACCCGUACACUGCCGGAACUGCCGCCUUCGAAGUGAUGCCCCUGUCCUUCAUGGAGCCAGUGGCCCCGUAUGACGCCGCCAUCAACGUGCCGAUCACUGGGCCCGUCAACGCCGUGAUUCUCUGGGUCGAGUACCAGCUAGACGCGGCAGGCCACCACCACGUGGCCACUGGCCCGUCCGUCGUCCAUGCCAAGCAAGCCGUGCGGUUCCUUCCACGGGGAAAUGCAUCCACUGUCGUCGAAGGGUUCAAAGACGGGGCGUUGCAACUCACAACUGCCGUGGACUUUCAAGCGGCUGAGGGGGUGCUCUCGUACGCGUUUCACGUGGCGAAAAGUAGUGCUUUCUAGUAAGAAUAGCCAGUGCACAUGAAAGAUCAGUAGAGCCUCGUCAGGAUGGACGAGUUGUGAACUAUGUUAUGAGUACAUUGUCUAUGGCA